AUGACGUCACUACGGGCGAAAUUUCACUUCGUUUCGGAUUCCCUGGACGCAAAAACUACGAUCGUGAAAGUGCUUACCAUACAAUUACAAGGUGAGGAUACUAUAUUUCAAUUCCCUAAGGAGUAUCAGCGUAAGGAGGAUCACCCGAAAUUAUUCGACACGAGUGUUGUAAAGAAUGUAGUCAAGAGCAUGAAGACCCGUGGAAAAUUCCGGAAUAUAUGGGUAUCGCUGGCGGAUGAGCUGAAGGAUCAGUACCUAGACGAGGAGGGCAACGUAUGCUUCGACGGGAUAUAUCUGGACGAGGCCCCUGUCAAUCCUAACCCCGCAUUACCAAAAUUUUCCCAAUCCGAACCUGUCGAAAACAAAUCCAUACAUUCAGUGGUAAAAGAUAUGAUUCUAGAUAAGUUUUCAGGAAAAAAUCAAAACGCGAAGGUAUUCCUAAACCUUUUUGUACAAGAAUGCAACCGUUUAAAAAUUGAAAACACACGUUUUCCAGAAGUGUUAAGACGUUUUUUAGAAGGACCAGCCCUUGAUUGGUUUCUUGCCUUUCUAAAGACAUGUAGGCGUAAAGUCCACGGGGUAAAAUAA